AAAUAUUGAAUCAGGAUCCUAGGAUUGAACCUUGGGGUACCCCACAUGUGACCUUUGACCUCUGAUGAGAAGUUUCCAGUUGAAACAGAGAAAUCCCUGUUCUGUAUGUCAGAUUCAAACCAGUUGAGUUCUGGACCGGAGAGUCCGACCCGACUCUCCAGUCGGUUCAGUAAAAUGAUAGACACUGAGGUCCAACAGAACCACAACCAGAACCAGCACUGUGGUUCUCCCACAGUCCGUGUUUAUAUGGAUGUCAAAUCCAUCUUCUCCAUCCUGAGGCGGAUGAUGUUUCCAAUGUCCUGAAUUAUCUACGUAGCAUUUCUGAAAAACUCCUUCCAGUUUUUCAGUAUUUUUUAGCCACUUUUUCUGUGGGAGUCAGACUCAUCUUUGACUCUUUCCUCGAUCACAAAGCUCCUUCAGAUCUUCUGGUCCAGUGAAUUGUUCUGGAUCUGUGGGCCAGUUCUCUCUGGUCAGACUCAGACUAGGAGGUCUGUCUGGUCGGUAAAACCAGCCUCUCCUCUGCUCUCAGAUUUCUGUCUGAUUGUUACGACUUGGUCAAUAGUUGCCACUACAUUCUUGGUGUCGUCUUUACAUUUCCAUUGGGUCACCCCCUCUGAUACGUCCUUAGCAAUGACCUUUCUGGUCAAACCUGGAACCUCCUGGAGAACCUAGGGAGCCUGGAAUCUCCUGGAACCUCCUGGAGAACCUAGGGAGCCUGGAAUCUCCUGGAACCUCCUGGAGAACCUAGGGAGCCUGGAAUCUCCUGGAACCUCCUGGAGAACCUUGGGAACCUGCGGAAGCGGAGCCGCUGAUGGGUUCAGCAGCUGCUCCGCUCGGACCAUCCAGCUGCUGAGAGUCAGACCGGAAACACGGACAGAACUCCUUCAAAAUAAAAGCUGCUGGCUGUUUGCUGGCCUUCCAUCCAGAAACUGGGUGAGGGUGUGUUUCAUUUCCUCACCUGUGUGUCUGACUGGAGCAGAACGGGACAGCGGGGUUCUUCCGGCAGGAGCUGAGAAGGUUCUGGACCGGAACCAGAAGAACAUGAAAUUACUUUGUAAAACAUUUUAAUACUAAUCAAAAUGUUUAAAGCGUUAAUAUGAUUAAAUGAUUAUUUAAAAUGGUUUAAUUAUUAAAAUCAAUAAUCAAAAUCUUUUUUUCUGGUUUCGCUGCAGAUCGGGAUGAAAACCGCGCAGCUCUGUUUUAUUUUGAAGGGUCAGACCGGAAGCAGCGAGUUGCAUUCUGUCAGACCUGACCCGGAGUGCCCGCUGCGGUCCGGCUGAUUCGAACCGGUCCCGGACUGUUUGGAUCAGCAGCUUUCUUGGGUUUGGACCCGUUUUUAUGUCCUGGUUCUGUUGAUUCUGUUUCCGGACUUUUUCCGAACUUUUGUUGUGUUUUCUGGAAGUUCGGGUCAGUUUGCCCAUUUUUCCAGAGAUUUCCCAGUUCGGUUCGGUAUUUCCUGCUGGACCUGACUGGAAUGUAAUUGCGAGUUCUGAAGAGAAGAACAUCCGUCAGAACCGGUACCAGCUCUGAGUGGACCUGAAAUGCUGGUUCUGCUGGUCCUGGUUCUGGUUCCGGAGCCGCUCUCCUGCCGGGGCGCUCCUCCGGUCCGGUCCUCCAUCCCUGACCCGGUUCUGGACUUGGACCUGCUGGAGGAGCCGGGAGGCGGCAACGGAACCGGGUUCGGGCGCUGCGGACCGUGCGACCCGGAGUUGUGCCCGGAGCCUCGCGGCUGCCGGGCCGGCCUGGUUCCGGACCGCUGCGGCUGCUGCGCGGAGUGCGGGAACCUGGAGGGCCAGGCCUGCGACCCGGGGGCCCGGGCCCGGUUCUACGGGCUGUGCGGUACCGGGCUGCGGUGCCAGGCGGACCGAGCCGCGGGAGGAGGAGGAGGAGAGGAUGAAGAGGAGGAGGAGAUGUGUGUGUGCGAGCAGCAGGGGGCGCUGUGCGGCAGCGACGGAACCACAUACCUGAACCUGUGUCGGUUCCGAGAGGCCGCCUUCUCCGACCCGGAGCUCCGAAUCGCGGAAACGGGUCCCUGCAGGACAGCCCCGGUGAUCAAGGUGGCCCCCCAGGACCAGGUGAACGGCAGCGGCAGCAUCAUGCUGCUCCUGUGCGAGGUGUUUGCGUUCCCCAUGGCGCUGGUGGAGUGGAGGAAGGACGGCCGGGACGUCGUCCUGCCAGGAGACGACCCCCACAUCUCUGUCCAGGCCAGGGGCGGGCCUCUGAGGUUCGAGCUCUCCAGUUGGCUGCAGAUCGAGGGGGCGGAGCCUGGAGACUCAGGAACCUAUCGCUGCAUCGCUCGCAACGAGCUGGGAUCGGUCUCCGCCUCGGCUGUACUGGGAGUACUGGGAGCAGGUGACACACACCUGGGAGGGGGGGAGCUUAUCCUGUCCAACCUGUCCUUCCUCUCUGUGCGUCCAGAGGAGCCGUCAUCUGAGAGGCAGCAGCUGCUGGACGACCUCUGACCCCUUGGUGAUGAUGUCGCUUCCUGCCAGCAGACCCAGUCGAUCACAGACUUUUAUUUUGGCAGGGUGACAGGUUGUAAUCUGAGGGGUUUAUGGUGGAAUUCAGAUUUUCUAAAUAAAAGACCCAACAGCUAUUUGGGACGACUUCCUGCCGAUGCGGCGCAGACUUCCUGCCGAUGCGGCGCAGACUUCCUGCCGUGUUGGAAUCUGCUUUCUGUAAAAUCUGAUAAUAAACCAGAAUAUAAUUUUUUUUGUGUUGAUCUUUUGAUCUUUUUCCUCAAGAAGGAUUUUUUCUUCCAGACUCCAAAACCUGGAAACCAUGGUAACUGUCGUGGAAAAAAUACUAUUUCCAAUCACUGUUCAGGUGAAAUCACUCAGUCAGGUUUAUUCAUAUAUUGAUCAGAAUACAGAGACAAUCAGUAAUGAAGCAGGUCUGGAUGAAAAGCUGCCAGGCAGAGAAACACAUGAGUUUUAUACAAAGGGAUAAAAGAUCCUAAGCCUGGAAACAGACUGGUUCCCAUGCAGCUGGGAAAACAACGUCCAACCUUGUACAUGUAACCAAAAUAGUUUAACUUGGUGGGAAAAUACAGGAACUUAGAAUAAACAUAUAGCAAUACAACUAGCAGGUGGAACCUUAUUGUAAUUUUUCCACUACAGUAACUAUCUUCAUCCUCCUCCUCCUCUCUGUCCGACUCAGGCAGGAAUCCAUUAGACUGGAGCUCUACUUAACCCUUUAAUGGUUUCACUGGGAGGAGCUGAGACAGAAUCCACAGGUAGUGUUCACUGACCCGGUUCUGACCCGGUUCUCUAGGCUCGGCUGUAGAACCAGCAGCUGGCUCCAGUCAGUCGUCUUUCAUCUGAGGAUCUUAACUCUGAGGUCGUCCUCCACUCAAUCAUCUGUUCCUGAUCUGGCCUCCACACACACACACACACACACACACACACACACACACACACACACAGCCUGGUGUGUGUGUGAGCCAGCUGUUCUCCAGCUGAGGAAGAGGAGGAGGAAGUCCAGCUCAUCUGAUCUCUGUCCAGACUGCUGGCUUGUUUCUGGUGACUCUGCCAACGGCAACCUUUGACCCUGAUUCUGAUCAGGACCUUCAUGGACAGAAUCCGCCGAGGCGUUGAGGGAUCCGUUAGGAUCUGCUCUUGGUUUAUAAUAUAAAAUUAUAACAUUUCAAGAGUUUUUUAACUUCUGAUUGUUUUGUUUCACUUUGUCUCGUUUAUGAUCAUCAAGACGGCCAUCAUAAAUAAAAUAUUUAAUAUAAA